AUGUGUGCGGUCGAGACAACCGAGUCGUUGGGUAACGGCCGAGGUCAAGACUUGACGCAGGCCGGGAUCAAGAGACGUCGUAUUCUCCGGGCUUGCGCCUCUUGUCGGAGCGCAAAGGUCAAGUGUUCCGGGACUCAUCCCUGCGACCGAUGCCGGUCUCAUGCGCAGGCGUGUGUGUUUGGUGAUGGAGGCAUUCCUCAGUUGGAAGGUGUGGUAGAGGCUAUCGCUUCGCCUGUCAGUCCUCCACCGACUGAUCAUGGGUCGGUACCAAGUCAAUUGACUCCGGCUGGCAUGUCUAGUGUUACAGGCGAUGAUUCACUUCGCCUCUUUGAAGCCGAGGAUAGGGACGCUGUCCGACAAUACUUGGAUACCUACUUUGACAAAUCCGACAUUGCCGACUGUAUCUUUCUUCAUAGGGCAACCACAAUUGCCGAAUGGAGUCAAGGAAAGCUGGACAUGACUCUACUCAAAGCGAUUUGCGCAGCAGGGCUCAGACACACGCCAGCUUACCAUUCAAUGGCAUACUCCUGGAUGAAACAAGUCCAGGGCAAACUGGCCGGGCACUUGGGCGACAUGUCCAUACCUAAGCUUCAGGCGUUGAUGCUCGCUGUCAAGUUCCUCUCCUCACUGCGUUUCACCGGGGAUGUGUGGGUGCUCAUCUCAAUCGCAGCCAGGGUGGCAUUCACCAAACGGCUUAAUUAUGAGCGCCCAGCUAUGGAUCCCGUGAAACAAGAAUGUCUACGUCGAUUAAUGUGGUCUAUUUAUGCCACUGAUAAAGUCUUUUCUGGUGGUAUAGAAGAUUUGACUGUCUGUCCAACACAGAGGAUGCAUAUUCGACUUCCGAGCAGUUAUCACAAUUUCCAGCUCGGCCUUCAAUCUCGAUCUUCGUUUCUACGAAGUAAAGGCGAAACCGACACUGGCCUCAAUUCUCUGGCCUGCUUGAUGCGACUGUACGAUAUUCGUGAUAGAGUUUUGAGGCAUGUUCCACACAAACCUCGUCAGCAGCUUGCGUCUUUUGAAGAGUCGCUACCAGAAGAGCUGCAGCUCAAUGAUAACAGACUCAUGCUCAUGUGCCAUUCCGAUGAGGCACGCGCCUACGCAAUGCUACACACCCUCCUCUUCAGCUGUCGCUGCGACCUGCACCGUUUUCUGAUCCCCGGCAUAAGAGAAUGCGUUUCCCCAGAAGCUGCGGCGCAGACACCCAGAGAAUACAUCGACUACUGCCAGCGCCGAUGCCUGCAGAGUGCAUUAGGCUCUUGCGACUUGUGGUCCAAGAUUCGCCAUCUCGAGACGAGCAGUCGCCUUGAGACGCCCACGUUGGCAGUGGUGACUUAUCAAUCCGUCAAGAUCAUUGAUCACCUCGCUUCUUUGCUUCCGGCUCAUGGAGAUGACUCGCUACCGGUCGUGAAAGAGAAGUUGACAGAUGCUUUAUUUAUUGUGUCACGGAUCCAAACGGGCGUUGACUGGAUUGCUUCCUGUAUAUCCGACAUCGAGAAGCUUAUCCCAAGUCCGCCAACAGGCAAUCUUCGACUUCAGGAGAAGCUUCACCGGAGGUCCAAACACGCUUAUGCCCCAGACGACGAAGAGGAGCUCGAUCCAGCUGUGAAUCCCCCAGAGUCCAACCCAGACGAGCCGCCAGCUGCAGAAGAUAUGCAAUCAGCAACGCCCAUUGACCCAUUAACCCAAGGAAGCUGGCCUUUUUCUAUGCCAGGCGAUAACCAGGACAUGUUUACAUCCAAUCAAGGUGGCUCGGGUCAGCCUCUGGAUUAUAAUCUGAUGAACUAUGACUUGACCAACUCUGCGGAUGUGGUCUUUGGGGAACAUGACAUGGUCUUUCCCAUGGAUCCUUUCGACCUGCAGCUUAAUGCAUACACAGAUGCAAAUGUGCCUCAUUACAUGGGAUCAGAGUAG